CCAAAUGUUCUAUCUUCCUUUUCUCUCUAUAUCUCCCUCUCUCUCUCUCUCUCUCUCUCUCUCUCUUCAUACAUAUAUAUAUAUAUUGGAUUGAUGGUGAUGAAGAUGAAGAACAGUACCAGUGAAACGACGGCGUCUAAGCUUGACCGAAGGACAGUGGAGAAGAACAGAAGAAUUCACAUGAAAGGUCUUUGCUUUAAGCUUGCUUCCCUCGUCCCUUCCCACCACUCCAAGGUAAUGUUAACUCAACAAGAUCAGCUGGAUCUUGCAGCGUCGUACAUAACCCAACUUAGAGAAAGAAUAGAUAAGCUAAAGAAGCGAAAGGAACAAGCAAUGAUGAUGCCCCCACCACCGGCACCGCCAUCAAUAUCAAGAGGGAUUAGUAGUAGUACUAAUAAUAUGAAUAAUAGGAUUAGAAACGACAUCGUUUUGGACCAUGCGAUGAGACCACAUCCACAUGGGAUGAUGUUGCCUGUAAUCGAGUUAAAGGACAUGGGUUGUAGCAUAGAAGUGGUUUUGAUAAGUGGGUUACACAAGAAUUUCAUGUUAUACGAAAUCAUCAGUGUUCUUGAGCAAGAAGGAGCUGAGGUUGUCAGUGCUAGUCUUUCUGUUGUCGAUGACAAAAUUUUCCACACACUUCAUGCUCAGGUGAAACUUUCUAGAGUUGGAGUAGAGACCUCAAGGGUAUGGCAGAGACUUCAGGACUUGAUCUAUUGAUCGAUUGAUGAUGGUUGAGAAAAAUAAUUUUUCUCUGUGCUACUGAAACAUGUAUAUGCGAGAAGAUCAGAGCUCGUGGAGUACUAUAGUAUAUAUAGACUAGUGAGUACUAGUGUGAGAGUUAGUAAUUUUAUAUAUAAUGUGAACUUCACACUUUAAUUUUUGUCAAAUAUAAGGCCGAGAAACUGCCUCGUCUUAUAUAUAAAUAUAGUAUAUUAAGUAGAGACUAUGUAGUAUAAUUUAUGAUGUAAUUAAAGGUGUGUACCAUUAUUAAAUGAUGCUGAGUUACAUCUCCUCUAAAAAGUACAAUUAAGUUAUUUAAGCUGUGCUUCUUUUUUUCUUCCUA